AUGCCCAUACGCCAACGCAUGCCAGCUAAUGUCGGGCAAGGUGAGUGUUGCAUCUGUGUUCUGACUGUUGUGAUCAACUCACAGCUCGGAUACACGGCCCUUUCAAGUGCAUCGGCGAGGGGCCACGACACUACAGUGGAGCUGCUGCUGUCCCGCGCUGCAACUGUGGACAGUAUCGACAAGGAUGGCAACACACCCCUUGCAAAAGCAAUAAAAUUUGGCCACCCAAGCACCGUGGAGCUGCUGCUGAAGCAUGGGGCACGCACGGACGUACCAAACGAGACGGGAGCAACCCCUCUUUUUCAUGUUUGGUCCGAACAGCGGGAAGAGAAGACUGAUGAGCAGACUGCUGCGGAAAUUGUUAGAAUUAUGUUAGACCAUGGCGCUGCUGUGGAAGUUUCAGACAAAGGUGGCAUGACUCCGCUGAUGGCGGCUGCGAAGAGUGGCCACACAUCCGCUGCAGAAUUGCUGCUGGGCAAAGGGGCUUCGGUGGCGUCGACUGACAAGGAAGGAAGAACAGCGGCGCAGUACGCCAGCGCUGGUGGGCAUCACGAGCUGGCAAAGAAGCUGGGCGGCGGUGAUUGA